AUGGCUCCAAUUGCAAUUGAUCCUCAAAUCAGAGAUGUCGCCCAGCCCAAGAAAGACACAUUAGCUCUCCCGGCAACCACACGUGAGCGGCUUGAUAGGGCCGGAAUAGACCUCUCCAAUGGGUAUCCAUAUCGCCCAGCUCGACCAUUGUACUUGGACGAUGCAUUUGCCAUUCGCAACGAACCCUGGCAACACGACGAUGCAGGUGCCAGAGCCGCCAAAACCGAUAAGAAUAAGACGGCUCUCCUCUCAGCGGCAUCGAAAGUGACCAAUCUCACGUCGCAUAUUGGAACUGAGAUCGAGGGCCUCCAGUUGAAAGAUUUGACUUCCCAGCAACGAGAUGAGCUGGCUUUGCUCAUCGCCGAACGAUCUGUAGUCUUCUUCCGCGACCAAGAUCUAUCACCGCAGCAGCAGAAAGAGCUUGGCGAGCAUUACGGCAAGAUUGAGGUUCACCCACAGGUCCCACAAGUGCCCGGUGUUCCCGGUGUGACGGUUAUUUGGCCUGCUUUGCAAGCCACCGAGAGAGCAGCGAACUUCCGCAACCCAGGAGGAGCCAGUCGAUGGCACACGGACCUCGUCCACGAACGACAGCCUGCAGGCAUCACUCACCUCCACAACGACACCGUCCCCAAGAUCGGUGGAGACACUCUCUGGGCAUCAGGAUACUCUGCGUAUGAGAAACUGUCUCCAGAGUUCCGCAAGAUCAUCGAUGGUCGAAAGGCAGUGUAUCAGAGCGCCCACACAUACCUCGAUCGUAAAGAUCCUGAAGCCGGUCCAAAGCAUAUUGAGCGUGUUCAUCCCCUUGUCAGAGUGCAUCCAGCCACUGGAUGGAAGGCUUUGUGGGUAAAUCGAGCAUUCACGAAGCGAAUCGUUGGCCUUGACAAGGCUGAGAGUGAUCUGAUCCUCGGAUAUCUUUUCGAUGUGUUUGAGAAGAAUGUCGACAUCCAAGUCCGAUUUCGUUGGACUCCAAGGACCUCCGCCCUCUGGGACAACCGUAUUACAAUUCACAAUGCCAGCUGGGAUUAUGAAGGUAGCGAGCCACGUCACGGAACUCGUGUUACAGCUUUGGCGGAAGAGCCAUACUAUGACCCAAAUGCACCGUCUCGCAGGCAGGCAUUGGGUCUUGAAGACCUUGAAUGA